AUGACAACUGGAAGUAUUGCUCCAAAGAAGGAGAGGAAAUCAAGGAGGAACAAGCCAGUUGAUGAGAAUGCUCCCUUAUUGCCUAAAAGGCAAGAGGAUGUUGGUUUUGAUGAGUUUGAUGGAGCCUCCUUUCCUGGGGCAGUGUUCAAUUUAUCAACUACAAUAGUUGGUGCUGGAAUCAUGGCUUUGCCUGCCACCAUGAAAGUUUUAGGCCUUGUUCUUGGGGUUGCCUUGAUCAUCUUUAUGGCUUUCUUGACAGAGGCUUCAAUUGAGAUGUUGCUAAGGUUUAGCAGGGCAGGGAAGACCGCUUCUUAUGGGGGACUUAUGGGGGAUGCCUUUGGAAAGACGGGAAGGGUUAUGUUGCAAGUUGCUGUUUUAGUCAAUAACAUUGGUGUACUCAUUGUGUACAUGAUUAUUAUUGGUGAUGUGCUGUCCGGAACAUCUUCAAGCGGAGCUCACCAUGCAGGUGUGCUUGAAGGGUGGUUCGGAGAACACUGGUGGAAUGCGCGUACAUUCGUUCUUCUUGUCACAACACUUUUUGUAUUUUUUCCACUGGCUUCCUUUAAGCGAAUUGAUUCUUUAAGUUUUACAUCUGCCUUGUCAGUCGCUCUAGCAGUUGUAUUUCUUGUCAUCACUGUGGGGAUCACAAUUGUCAAGUUGGUAAAUGGAAGUAUAGCAAUGCCCAGAUUGAUGCCCAAUGUAACAGACAUGACAUCUUUCUGGAAACUCUUCACUACAGUCCCUGUUCUUGUCACUGCAUAUAUCUGCCAUUACAAUGUUCACAGCAUAGAUAAUGAACUCGAAGACUCUACUCAGAUAAAACCAGUUGUGCGAACCGCACUUGCUUUAUGCUCGACUGUUUACAUAAUGACAAGCAUCUUUGGGUUCCUUCUAUUUGGUGAUGCAACUCUUGAUGAUGUGCUUGCCAACUUUGACACUGACCUCAGGAUUCCUUACAGUUCUCUACUUAAUGAUGCUGUUCGUGUUAGUUAUGCUGCUCAUCUUAUGCUAGUAUUUCCAAUCGUCUUCUUCCCAUUACGACUCAACUUGGAUGGCCUCCUCUUUCCCUCAGCACGACCGUUUCAUCAGGCAAAUACGAGAUUUGCAUUAGUCACCAUUGUGCUUAUCUCUUUAAUCUUCUUGGGUGCAAAUUUCAUUCCAAGCAUCUGGGAUGCUUUCCAAUUCACUGGAGCAACUGCUGCAGUUUGCCUUGGUUUCAUCUUUCCUGCUUCCAUAACUCUAAGGGAUCGCCACAAUAUAGCAACAAAGAGAGACAAGAUCUUAUGUAUUUUUAUGAUUGUGCUUGCUGUCUUCUCCAAUGCUGUGGCCAUAUACAGUGAUGCCUAUGCCUUGAUCAAAAAGAAUCCGUCACCUCGUGAAUGA